GUUUCUGUCAUGGUUUCCUGUGCUUCUCUUGCAAGCUGUACAAACAUGUUCCUCACUCACAAGAUGAUGUAAAUUGGGGGAAAAACAGGCAUGGUCAUGCCAUCUAAGAAGAAAUCAAAUGCACCAGUCUGCAGGUUAUGCAGUCUGAUAUGCAGACCAUAUGCAUUACUACAGGCUUGUUUCCUUUGGACAUUGUUCUGUUUGGCUCUAUGGACAUUGACUGAUGGGAUCCACAUCAAAAUAUUUCAGCCCACCAGACCUGAACCAGUUCCUUGCAAUAACAGUUCAUCCAUAAUAUCUGCGUUUGACAUGGGAAUCAGUGAUGAGGAGUGGGAAAGACUACAGAAGGCUAUUGACUGGCCUAUUCCAGAUCAAGAAAUAAUUAAUCUGAAUCAGAGCACAAGUCCAGUUCACUCAACUUUCUCUAUUGUGGGAUUCAAGGAGAGUUACAAAGUGGGAGAAAAGAUCUCUGUUAUUAUCACAGCCAGAGACCACAACAAGAACCUGAAAAGAUAUGGAGGAGAUUUUUUCAAAGCAAAACUUUUCAACGCAGAGCUAAAGGCGAGUGUGUAUGGGGAGGUUUUGGAUCAUCAUAACGGGACUUACUCUGUUGCUCUUCUUCUGCCGUGGGAAGGUCAGGCACAAGUUUCUGUACGUCUAGAGCACUCCAGUGAAGUUGUGCAGAUUCUUAAAAAAUAUAGGGAUUCUUCAUUCCCACGCAGCCACUAUAAUGGCUACUUUGAAGGGCCAGGACUCAAUAAAACUAAGAUCCAUGAAGUAGUAGAAUGUAAUCUUAAGUGGGGUGCAGACGGAAGUUGGAGGAAAGGCGAUUGCUGCUGUGAGUAUAAGGAUAUAAAAACAGGGACAGUGUGGCAGUGUGAGAGACCAAAGGAACUUUCCUGUGACCAACUGGUUCAUCACUCAUACGGACAUUUGGAAGACCCAUUAAAUCUUUUUGAGCAGCAGCUUUUUACAAAGAAUUUAACAAAUGUUGCUAUUAGAGGAGACAAAAAAGUCAUAACUGUCCUUCGCAGCACUGCACUUAUUGGCACAAUGGAGAAAUGCAGGUCUGGCAUGAAGACACCGGUUCCUGCAGGGUUUUAUUUGUACGAUGUCUGGAAGUCUUUUGUAUGCAACACUCGGCAGUUCAGUCCUGCACAAAUGGCAAACUGUCUUAAAAACAAGACUGUCUAUUUGAUGGGAGACUCCACCACAAGGCAGUGGUUCGAGUACUUAGAAAGAAACGUGCCAGGCAUAAAGAGAAUGGACCUCCACACUCCUCCUGCAAAUGGUCCACUGAUGGCUGUGGAGUUGAAAAAUAACAUCAUUGUUCACUGGAGACCACACGGUGUUCCUGUGCGAUUUAGUAAAAUGCCUAUUACUGAUCUGCACUAUAUCAGCAAUGAUAUUGAUGAAAUAGCCGGUGGACCUCAUGCAGUCAUUGUCUUCACAUUCUUUGCUCAUCUGGUUUUUCACCCAAUAACAUUUUAUGUGUAUGAAGUGGCCAAAAUCCGCCAGUCUGUUGUUGCACUGCUUAGGCGCGCUCCAGAGACCACCAUCAUCAUCAAGUCUGGAAACACUGCUGGACUCAAGAAUAUUUUUCAAAGUGAUUGGCAUGUGUUGCAGUUGGACACAGUGAUGCGGGAGAUGUUCAGAGACAUUGAUGGAGUCAUUUUCUUAGAUGUCUGGCAGAUGACUUCCUGUCACUAUCUACGUGAACACAUUCACCCAAGACCUGUCAUCAUUUCUAAUGAAAUCAACAUGUUUCUCUCACAUGUUUCUCCUAGCUGCGGCCUGUUCAAGUUGAUUUUGUUUCAUAAAGAAAAUGGGAAACUAAACUGGUUAAGUGAAGGCUAAGUGCCUUACUCUCUGGCAGGCUUCAAUUCUAUUUAACUUUAUCAACCACUAUGAGUCAAACAUUUUAAUAUUCUGCCAGAUGCAAUACAGAGUAUGUGGUUUUGAACAGCUGCUCAGUAUGCUGUCUUUGUGAAAUGUUGUUAAUCUAAAGUUUUUUAAUUAUAACAGUUCUAUGAUUAGUAUUUAACGCAGCAGCGACAAUGUUAGAAGUAGGAUAAAACACAAACACGUUGAACUACUUUGUCAUUUAAACACAAAGAGACAUCAGGAAUCAGUGUAUGAAUCUCAAGAAUGGUGACAAUCAAAAGCUUCAUGAUGCAAUGCAUGAUGGGUACCUAGUUUCUGUGCAGAGAGUGCACUUUGACCUCAAAAUAGUCUUGUUUGAGAUGAGCAAAAUCUGUGCAGAACCGAUCACCAGUGAUCACCGCUAGAUGCAUGCCGGUUAGAAAAAUGUCCAAGUUAGUCUGCCUUGCUCUGAUAUCAUGCUAACGUUUGCCAAAAAAGAGGCAUAACUUAAAUUUGUCCAAAUCACACAGAAUUAUGCGAUAUGUCAAAACGAGUUUUUGUCUGUCUGCGUUCGAAACCACAUACCCUUUAAUUAGGCACUUAAUUUCAAUAAGUACUAACUUAAUGAGCGCUAAAAGAGUACAUACUCUACAGCCUGAAUAAUUAUGUAUGUAUGAAGUAUGAACGCUAUUUGAAUAUCUUCAUCCACUAUGAUCAUGUGACCUACAAAGUAAAAACAAAGCGCAAAAACUUAAAAUAUAUGAGUGACAGGUUUAAUUAAUGUAUUUGAAAGUAUCUUGAUAAUGACAAAUCUUGACCAUGUUGUUGUCUUGUUGAAGAAACGGCUGCCUUUUUAUUUUGUGUUUGUUGUAAAGCCAAUACUGUUAGUUUAAGUUUUUUUAUA